AUGCGACAUUUCAGCAACAAAACUGAGAAGGCCGACAGCCUUGGCCGCGAAAACAGCACGGAUGAGGCCGACCCCACCACAUCUGCUUCACCCCCUGAUAUCGACAGCAAGCAGAAUGCUGAUGCCGGAGCAGGGGAGGAGGAAGAUGAAGAGGACGACUACAUGAACAUGACCUUUGAUGACGCGCCCGCCAGGCAACCAGAGACAUCCCUGCAGCGCAGCCAGCGCCUGCGGAAGGAAGGCCUGAAGCGCGGCAUGGUACCGUCCAAGGCCGAGCUCGCGGCGCAGGAGCGGCAAAAACGCGAGGAGGGCCUGUCGAGAUCGCUGAUCACGGGCGCGGCGGCAGGAGGGGACGACGUGCCGGCGGCGGCCAAGAAGCCGAAGAGCAAGGGCCUGGCGAUGAUGGCGCGCAUGGGGUUCACGCCAGGGUCGGCGCUGGGCAGCCGCGACAACGCCUCGGCGCGCAGCGAGCCGCUGCACAUCGAGACCAAGGAGGACCGCGGCGGCAUCGGCGCCGAUGCCGAGAAGAAGAGGAAGCUGGUCGAGGCGGCCGAGGCGGCGGGGCUGGCCAAGCGCGCCCGCGUCGAGGAGCUCGGCGACUACCGCGACCGCAUGGCGCGGGAGCGCGACGCCGCGCGCAAGGAGAAGCUUGUCUUUGCAGCGCAGAAGAUCGCGGAGAAGAUGGACGAGGACGGUGCGGGUGGGGGAGCACCUACUGCUGUGGCUGCUACUGCCGCCGGCCCAAGGGCCAAGACGACGUCGCGGCCGCUUAAAUCCGUCCCCAUCAUCUACCGCGGCCUCGUGCGCCAUCGCGAGGAGGCCGAGCGGGACCGCAGGAUGCGGUACGACCUCGAGCAGAGCAGCGGCGGGCUGUCGGCCAAGCUACCGGCGUAUGAGGACGAGGGCAUGGACGAGGACGACAAGAUGGCUCUCGGCGGCCGCACGCAGAAGAAGACCGUCUACAUGCCGGCGGACGACCUGGACGAGGAGGACCCCGAGCUAGACGAGUUCGAGGCGCUGGAAGUGGGUGAGAAGCUGGUGAGGCUCGUUGCGUAUCUGAGGGAGAGGCAUCGGUACUGCUUCUGGUGCAAGUUCGCCUACCCUGAUGAGGAGAUGGAGGGCUGUCCUGGUUUCACGGAGGAGGACCAUGACUGA